AUGCAAAGAUUGUUGACAUUUGUGAGAAUUAAUAACACAGUCUGCCAUUUUUCACCGCUGGCCAGUGAUGAGACUGUGUUGGAAGAAGGCGAUGUUUUAAAAAUAGAUAUGGGGUGUCACAUAGAUGGUUUUAUUGCAGUUGUUGUGCAUAAUCAUGUUCUUCAGCAAGGACCAAUUACCGGCAGGACAGCUGAUGUUAUUGCUGCAGCAAAUACUGCUGCUGAGGUUGCUUUGAGGCUGGUCGGCUGGGGAAAAAAGUUGAAGACAAAGUCGGAUGAGGAAAGAGAGGAGAGAGAGUUGGAUCUCACCUCUCCUGAAGUUGUCACUAAAUACAAAUUCGCUGCUGAAAUUGUUAACAGUUACAAUUCGACUGAUGCAGAGACAUUGCAAUUAGUGUUGUCUGAAUGCAAGCCAAAUGCAAAGAUUGUUGACAGUUUUAAUAACACAGUCUGCCAUUUUUCACCGCUGGCCAGUGAUGAGACUGUGUUGGAAGAAGGCGAUGUUUUAAAAAUAGAUAUGGGGUGUCACAUGGAUGGUUUUAUUGCAGUUGUUGUGCAUAAUCAUGUUUUUCAGCAAGGACCAAUUACUGGAAGGGCAGCUGAUGUUAUAGCUGCAGCAAAUACUGCUGCUGAGGUUGCUUUGAGGCUGGUCGGCUGGGGAAAAAAUACAAAGAUGUCACUGAAGCAAUUCAGAAAGUUGCUGCUGCUUAUGACUGCAAGAUUGUUGAAGGGGUUCUCAGUCGUCAAAUGA